AUGACGGUUAAUCCCGAUAAUCUGGUGCUGUUAUUCACCACAACGUGCGGCGCGAGCGGGGAGCUGCUGGGGUCAGACGAGAAGGAAACAGUUCAACUGGUCUGGCAGGUCUUGAAUUUAAUCACUAAAAAGCCGGGGCCGGUGAAUGAAGUGCUGGUGAAGCCGGAGGGUGGGUGCAUGUCCGAGGAGUGUGUGGAGGUGACCGGGAUCAGCGCCGAGGCCCUCAUUUCAGCAGCCCCGCUGGAUGAGGCGCUCAGUCAGUUUAAUGAAAGGCUGUGCUCAGAGAUAAACACCAGUGCAGGGAACUCCUUCUGCCUCUGUACGGAUGGUCAGCUACAUUUGCGUCAGGUCCUUCAUCCAGAGGCCUCCAGCAAGAACGUUCUGUUGCCUGAAUGUUUCUUUUCAUUUUUUGACCUACGGAAAGAGUUCAAUAAAUGCUAUCCACCUGAAGCCGAUCGGAAGGAUUUGGAUCUUCAGUCCAUGGCCGAUUACCUGAAUUUGAGUGUGGAUUCUUCAGAUCAUGCUUUCACUGCACUAAAAGUUCUCCAGAUGUCCAGCAUCGCUCAAGCACUUAUCUCCGAGCCUGUCUGUCAUACAUUCUCUUGCCCUGAGAAAGUCAAUGAGAAGUUUGAAACUGGUACCUGUAGCAAGAUGGAGCGGAUAGAUGACAAUACCGUGAUCAGGGCGCGAGGUCUUCCCUGGCAGUCCUCAGACCAGGAUGUUGCACGCUUCUUCAGGGGUCUCAACAUUGCAAAGGGUGGUGCUGCUCUGUGUUUGAAUGCUCAAGGUAGAAGGAAUGGUGAGGCCUUGGUACGGUUUGAGAAUGAAGAACACAGAGACUUGGCUCUGCAGAGGCAUAAACAUCACAUGGGCUCCAGAUACAUUGAGGUUUAUAAAGCAACUGGUGAAGACUUCCUAAAGAUAGCAGGAGGCACAUCCAAUGAAGUAGCUAACUUCCUGUCGCGGGAGAAUCAGGUGAUUGUGCGCAUGCGCGGGCUGCCGUUUACUGCCACGGCUGAGCAGGUACUGCAGUUCUUCUCCCCGUCGUGUCCGGUGACAGAUGGCAGCGAGGGCAUUCUGUUUGUGCGCUUCCCUGAUGGCAGGCCCACCGGGGAUGCCUUUGUCCUGUUCUCCUGUGAGGAACAUGCUGAGAACGCGCUGAAGAAGCACAAGGAAAUCCUAGGCAAGAGAUACAUCGAGCUGUUUAGAAGCACUGCAGCAGAGGUUCAGCAGGUGUUAAACAAAUAUUCCUCAGCUCCACUAAUUGCGGUUGCUCCAGCCCCCAUCCUGCCGGUAGUGCCACAGCCCACUUUUGUGCCAUCAACAAUUGCUGCAGUAGUUGGGACACGGGACUGUUUGAGACUAAGGGGUCUGCCAUAUGACGCCUCUGUUCAGGACAUACUGCUCUUCCUGGGUGAAUACACUGCCGACAUCCGACCACAUGGAGUACACAUGGUGCUCAACCAGCAGGGCCGUCCAUCAGGUGAUGCAUUCAUCCAGAUGCGUUCAGCAGAGAGGGCGUACCUAGCGGCACAUCGCUGCCACAAGCGGAGCAUGAAGGAGCGCUACGUGGAGGUAUUUCCCUGUUCGGCACAGGAGAUGAACAUCGUCCUGAUGGGAGGUUCGCUCUCCAGGAGCGGUCUCUCGCCGCCGCCAUGUAAGUUACGACGUCUCUCCCCUGCCUCUUACACAUUCCCUCCCGGAGGGUCUGUACUUCCUGCUGGAGCAGUGCUUCCUACUGGAGCAGUACUUCCAGUAGACACUGCAGCCCUUUAUCCCUCACAGUUUCUGUUGAAUCCUCGACCCCUAGCACCAGCUGCUUUCUACCCAGCUAACAGCCAGAUGUAUAUGAACUAUGCUGCUUACUAUCCAAGCCCCCCAGGCUCCCCACCCAACAUGGGCUACUACCAUACGAGUCACACCCCCUCAGCAGGCUCUGUGCUCUCCCACCCACCUACAGCAAUGAUUAGAAUGCAAAGCCACACCUCUGCUCAUGCCUACGCCAGUGGAGUUAAAGAGAUCCUCAGUAUGGUACAGGGUUAUCAGCCCAGCAACAGUGAUGCCUUGGUUACUCUCCCUUCCCUACUGUCGGCCAAACAGCCUAUUGGAGACCAGAGUCUAGGAGGCGGAGCCUAUCUGGACUUGCAGCUGCUAUAAGCCAUGGCAACUGCACAGGGGAAUUUGACUGUUCCCAGUAGUCUUUUUCUUGGAUCUCUAAUAUGACUACUGCUCACUUCUGUUGCAACAAAACAUCAUCUCUCCAAAUGAGCAACUUUUCAGAAGAAGGGAAAAAAGAAACUUUGAAUGGAAAUUAAUAGAACAAGAAAGUCAUUUUGAAGCAGUUCUAUUGCUCAACCAAUCAUGAAUUUAACACAAGGGCAGCUGAUAUUUUCAAACUCAGUAAAAAAAUAAAUAAAAUCAGAAAUGGA